AUGGAGAGAGAUUCGGAGAUGCAAUCCGUUCCCGUUUCAAACAACAUCCCCGCGCACCCGCUGCCGACAGACGCGCUCAUCCUCCAGAUACUACAGCAGCUUCAACAACAGCAACAAGUCACCAACCAGCUCCUCCACAAUCAGCAGCAGGUCCACGAGCAGCAACGUGCAUUCAUCAGCCAGCAGGAAAAUGCCCUCCGAAACAUUCAAGUUCAGGUACCAACAAACACAGAAGUGAUCCUCGAUUCGCUAGCGAGCAACGUGAAGGAAUUCCGCUAUGACGUUGAAAGCAACAUAACCUUUUCAUCGUGGUUCUCGCGCUAUGAGGAUUUGUUCUCGCAAGAUGCAUCCCGUUUAGAUGAUCCAGCUAAAGUGCGGUUGUUAAUGCGGAAGCUCGGCAUAGCGGAGCACGAACGAUACAGCAGUUUCAUACUACCGAAAACUUCCCAGGAGUUCUCCUUCGCCGGUACGGUAGCCAAACUUAGGGGCUUGUUUGGGGCUGCUGAGUCAAUUUUCAGCAAACGUUAUCGUUGUCUGCAGGUUUCCAAGAAAUCGACGGAAGACUUUGUGACAUACGCCUGCCGAAUAAAUAAAAAUUGUGUCGAGUUCGAGCUUGGUGCCCUAACGGAAGAGCAGUUUAAGGGCUUAAUUUUUGUAUGCGGAUUGAAGUCGGAAGCAGACGCAGAGAUUCGGACGCGACUCUUGUCUCGGAUCGAGGAGAAAGAUGACGUGACUCUCGAACAACUAUCCGCAGAAUGCCAACGUCUUAUCAAUCUACGUCACGACACGGCGUUGAUUGAGGAAUCUAGCAGGGAUGUGCACGCAAUCAGGAAGAAGCGGUUCCAGAGACGGCCAAGAAUGAAACAGGAUAGCUCCAGUUCACAAUCAUCACCGGGAGAAAGGAAGAAGGAACCACCAAGUCCGUGUUGGUACUGCGGCAUGAUGCACUACACCCGGGACUGUAAAUACAAAACACAUCAGUGCUCGGAGUGUAGGCAUUACGGACAUAAAGAGGGUUAUUGCGCGAGUUCUAAGAAGUCCCGACGUAGGCAAACGCAUAGAAAUAUGCGCAACGUUACGGUUGAAACCAAAACCGUUAAGGUGUCUGUGAACAGCGUGCGCGGAAGAAGGAAGUUUGUAUCAGUCGAGAUCAACAGCGUUCCAGUCCGGUUGCAGUUCGAUUCAGCAUCGGACAUCAGCGUUAUUUCGACUGAGACAUGGAAGCAUCUCGGAGAACCACCUGUCCGCACAUCAUCAGUGACCGCCAAAACUGCAUCAGGCGAUCCUCUACAACUAUUGUCUGAGUUCGAUUGCUCGGUAAUGAUCAACGGUGUAACGAAAGUUUGCACGGUCUUCGUCGUGGCACAGGAUCUCCACAUUCUCGGACUAGAUCUAGUGGAAACAUUCCAGCUGGAUACACUGCCGAUGAACGUCCUUUGUCGUCAAGUCAGCGAUUCCAGAUCCUAUGCUGAUCGCCUCAAGCAGACCUACCCAUCCGUUUUCAGCACCAGUUUGGGAUAUUGCACUAAGGUCACCAUCAAACUGGACCUCAAGCCUGGUCAAAACCCGGUUUUCCGUCCGAAGAGACCUGUGGCAUACGCCAUGUACCAGGCCGUCGACGAGGAGCUUGAUCGACUCGAGCGUUUGAAGAUUAUCGAACCAAUCGACUACUCGGAGUGGGCCGCUCCGAUCGUUGUCGUUCGCAAAGCCAACGGAAACAUACGGAUAUGCGGCGAUUACUCUACAGGACUGAACAAUGCACUCCAACCGCAUCAAUAUCCGUUGCCGUUGCCGCAGGACAUUUUCAUCAAGCUCGCACACUGCAAGAUCUUCAGCAUUAUUGAUAUGUCGGAAUCAUACUUGCAGGUCGGAGUCGACGAAUCUUCUAGCAUGCUUCUUACUAUCAACACCCACCGAGGUCUCUACAAGGUAAAUCGUCUCGCACCUGGCGUAAAAGCUGCUCCAGGAGCAUUCCAGCAACUAGUGGACACCAUGUUGACUGGCCUCAAGCACACUUCCGGUUACAUCGAUGACAUCGUGGUUGGUGGUGAAACGGAAGAGGAGCACUGGACGAACCUCAAUGCCCUGUUCCAGCGUCUACAGGAAUUCGGAUUCACCGUUCGAAUCGAGAAGUGCUCGUUCGGACGGCAGCAAAUCAAAUAUCUCGGACAUCUUCUGGACCAGCACGGCGUUCGACCUGAUCCAGCCAAGAUCGAUGCCAUCACACGCAUGCCUGCUCCAACCAACGUCUCAGAGGUGAGAUCGUUCCUCGGUGCAAUCAAUUUUUAUGGCAAAUUUGUCCAAAAUAUGCGCGCUCUUCGCCAUCCAUUGGACGAAUUGCUGAAAGCAGGUGUCAAAUUCGACUGGACAUCGCAGUGCCAGGGAGCGUUUGAUAAAUUCAAAGACAUCCUCUCGUCCGAUUUGCUACUCACACAUUACAAUCCGAAACUGGAGAUAAUAGUUUCGGCUGAUGCAUCGUCAGUCGGCCUCGGGGCAACUAUCAGCCACCGGUUCCCCGAUGGCUCGAUAAAAAUUGUACAGCAUGCCUCCAGAGCCUUAGUCUUUUAG